GGCGAGCUUGCCGUUCAGGGGCAUGUCCGAACGCAGCCGAACGCGGUGUCCGAACGGGAAAACUGUGCGAACGGCCUUGUCCGGAGAAAGACCCAUUUCUCCUGCCAGAAGCUUCCGUUUCGCAACAACCCCAGUGCACCGACAUCAGAGAGAGCGUCGAAAACUUGCUGUGCAAGCCUCUUAUUACAACCUCAAGCCGUUCUUGGACAGCCUUAUCGAGACUCGACCUCGACCUGUCUAUACGAUCCGACCCUAUCAAAGCUAUAAGGCCAUCGAUUCGUCUCGGCAAGCGCAAUGGCUUCUGAGCACCUCACAAGCCAGUUUUCCGACCUGCACCUCUCGCAAGGAGUUGGUGGGAUGGUCGGAGCAGGCCCUACCAGUGGCCUACAGACCGACGGGGACAUGGGAACGCAACCGCAAAGAGCACGGUUGCCCAAUGCCCUGCAACUGAAUAAGCUGAACGACGAUAUCCCGCGAGUCGUCGACGCACUGGCUGAAGCUCUCAGGGUUGAGUUUGAAACGUUCUUAGAAGAAUAUUCGGAAGACGGCGGAUUCCCGUACAUCGAACAAAUCAAAUACCUUUCUAAAGCCGCAAUUACCACCGUAUACGUUGAUUUCGCCAACGUCGUUGUCAUGAACGAACCUCUUGCGCAAACGAUUCAGAACGAGUUUUACCGGAUGGAGCCUUACCUGCGAAAAGCAGUACAGAAUGUAGUCCGGAAAUACGAUCCAGAGUACCUCAACAUCAAAGUGGGCGAUUUUGCGACUGAUGCGGGUGUUGUCCGAGAAUUCUGGAUCGGAUGGUACGGAACUCCAUAUGUCAAGCGGUUGAGGGAGCUGAAGAUGAGCACUCUCGGGCAAUUGGUCGCUUUGUCUGGAACGGUUACGCGGACGUCCGAAGUGAGGCCGGAACUCCUGUUCGGAACGUUCCGGUGCGGCGACUGCUACUCCUUGAUUAAGGACGUUGAGCAAGAAUUCAAGUACACCGAGCCCACAACGUGCUACAACGUGAACUGCGGCAACACAAGCAGUUUCCAACUCCUCGUCGACCAAAGCAAAUUCGCCGACUGGCAAAAAGUUCGCUUACAAGAAAACUCCAACGAAGUGCCUAGCGGAGCCAUGCCUCGCAGUAUCGACGUGAUUCUGCGCAACGAGGCGGUCGAGAGGGCGAAGGCUGGUGACAAGAUCAUCGUCACAGGCACACCCAUCGUCGUGCCUGAUGUUGGGCAGCUCAUCGGCAACAAGAUGGAAGCCCAACGGAUGGACGCUGGCGGAAGAGGCCGGGACGGAUUCGGACAGGAGGGCGUGACGGGAUUGAAGGCCCUCGGUGUGCGCGACCUCACGUACAAGAUGACGUUCCUGGGAGCCUUUGUACGCCCUGCGGAGAUCAAGAACUCGUUGAGCGCACUUCAUGAUCUGCUUGACUCGGAGAAUGCCGAGCAGGCUGUCCGCAGGCAGUUUACGGAUGAGGAUCUCGCGCAUCUGGAGCGGAUGCGGGAGGACAAACUGCUUUAUCAGAAGAUUGUCAACAGCGUUGCGCCGCACAUCUUCGGUCACGAGGAUAUCAAGAAAGGGAUCUUGCUACAGCUGCUGGGCGGCGUGCACAAGGUCACCCCAGAAGGCAUUCAUCUCCGUGGAGAUGUGAACGUAUGCAUUGUUGGAGACCCUAGUACAGCCAAGUCUCAAUUCCUAAAAUAUGUGGCGAACUUGAUGCCUCGCGCGAUCUACACAUCAGGAAAGGCAUCCAGUGCCGCCGGUCUGACCGCCAGUGUUGUGAAGGAUGAGGAGACCGGCGAAUUCACCAUCGAGGCGGGAGCUCUCAUGCUGGCCGAUAACGGUAUCUGUUGCAUUGAUGAGUUUGACAAGAUGGACAUUACCGAUCAAGUCGCGAUCCACGAAGCUAUGGAACAGCAGACUAUCAGUAUCGCAAAGGCUGGAAUCCAGGCAACCCUGAAUGCGCGAACGUCCAUCCUAGCUGCCGCCAACCCAGUCCACGGGCGCUACGACAGAAAGCUCACUCUCAGACAAAACAUAAACAUGUCUGCGCCCAUCAUGUCCCGUUUCGAUAUCUUCUUUGUCCUGCUGGACGAGUGCAACGAGAUCACCGACUGGAACAUUGCACGCCAUAUCGUUAACUUCCAUCGUCAUCGUGAUGAGGGUGUGCAGCCGGACUAUACAGUUGAGGAGUUGAUGCGAUAUUUGAAAUAUGCGAGGGCUUUGAGGCCACAGAUGACGAGUGAGGCACGGUCGUACCUGGUGUACCAGUACAGGAACUUGCGGCAAAAGGAUGCAUCGGGGGUGAACCGUGUAUCCUACCGUAUCACCGUCCGUCAGCUCGAGUCCAUGAUUCGUUUGUCGGAAGCGCUUGCCAAGCUCCACUGCAGCAAAGAGAUCACGACUGAUCACGUCCGCGAAGCUGCCCACAUUCUCCGCACAUCCAUCGUCCACGUCGAGCAAGACCGAGUCGAAAUCGACGAAGACGAACCAGAGAACGUCACUCGCGCCGCCGAAGUCGGCCAGCAGCACGACCCGAACAGCAUGGACGUGGACCAACCCGUCAACUCCACCAACCUGGGCGAUUCCCAAACCAACUCCUCGUCGCGGCAACGACAGACCAUCAAGUUGUCUUCGGAGGACUACCAACGGAUCGUGCAGUCGGUGUUGCUGUACAUCCGCAAGCGUCAAGCGGAGACGGCGUCGGAGAUUCCGGGAGUCAAGAAGUCGGAGUUGAUUGAUCAUUACAUAAGUACGCAGGAGGAGGAUAACCUCAUUGAGACGGAGGAGCAGUAUCAGUAUCACAAGAAGAUGUUCAAGAGUAUUUUGUCGCGGCUUGUGCAGAAGGAACACAUCCUUCUCGAGAUCCAUGACCAAAGUCGACUGGAUGAAGGCACGGAUGAGACGAUGAUGGACGAGGACCCUAUCAUGGUGAUUCAACCGAACUAUGUGUUUGACGAUUAGGUGGGAUUGAAGACUGGCGGUGGUCGAAACGUUUUUGCUCGGAUGCUUUUCCUUUGAUGCGGGCAUGAUUAUUUUGUACAUAAUUGAUGCGGAG